AUGAACGGCAAGAAAAAUUUUGCGAAGUUUAUGGAAAAGAAAAUGUUUCCCACGGCACCGAAGGAAAAGAUGAAUGACGAUUUUAGAAACAUGAGGAAGGAGGAAAAUUUGAGCAAUGUGGUAAACACUAGCGAGAGGAGGAUCUUAUUUUACAAGACGAAGAUCUGCCCAUGGUAUAUUAAGGGGAAGUGCGAAAGGAGAAAGACCUGCUUGUAUGCACAUGCACAAAAUGAACUGAGAGAGUUACCCAAUUUGUGCAAAACGAGCUUGUGCCCGAAAUUGAAAAUUAACGAAUCAUGCAAUGAUAAGAAGUGCAAGUACGCACACACGAACAUCGAAUUGAGGGCCACAGAAAAUUUGUACAAGACGGCUUUAUAUGCUCAUGGCCAGAAUGAAUUAAGGGAACAUCCAAUGGAAAUAACGGAUAAGAAUAUAAUCAUUGGAACGAGCAAAAUGAAGAAUGACAAAUUGGAUUAUGAGAAAAAGAAGGGCGGAAACGGCAUCAGCAACAAUAUGCACAACGGAGAAAACGGAAAGAGGAAUGAAACAUAUUGUGUUAUGCCCAAGAAGAAGGAGACGACUCAUCCGAAUAAAGUUAGCGCGCUCACGGAAGAUGAUGGUGUUGGCGAUGUUACGGAAGCAAUGGACCCCCAUGCACUGAACGACAGCACGACGGACAACUCCUACGACUGUAGCAAGAAGGGAGGUGCAGAAAACGCCGUCAAGAGUGGAAGCGCGAACGGCAGCGGAAAUGGCAUCCAGCACGGCGGAAACCACGGCCCAAAUCACGGCCAAAACCACAGCGGAAACAAGAUUGGCAGGAAGAACGAUGCACACGACUACCACAAGAAGGGCCACAAGAACCACAAGUACAAGAACGCCGAUAUUAUGAACAACAACAGCAGCAGUAGGUGUGACGGAAGGAACAGGAAUGCCACCCCAUCGUCUGGAGGAAAUUAUCUAAAGCAUGAGGAUUGUACAAAGUUCAAUGAGGAGCAAUUUCUGAAUGACAAUUUGAACGUUUUGGGCUUCCUAGAAGAACACAACAGUGGCAUAGAAAAAUUUGGAAAAGGAAGCAACAUUGGCAACAGUAUGCUAAAUGAAGUUGGAAACAAUUCGUUGGGAAAUUUUGCGAGCAACACCAUGAUUGGAGGUAGCAACAGCAGUAACGGAGCCCUAAUGAAAUAUGCGAGGAACAAUAAAGGCAUUGGAAACAACAGCAAUCCAUCCUCCUUAAUCAACUUUAACAUGGCCUCAUCGAAUGCUGAAAAUUUGGACAUGAGUAUGAAUAUGCACAAUAACGAGUCGGAAGAUAAUUAUUACAAUUUCGGUGGAACGAACCUGGACAAGAUGAAUUACGAGGACCUUUUUUUUGGUACCAACACCGUAAACAACAGUGUUAACGCCAUGAACACCUUGAAUAGUAUGGGCAGCAUGGGAAGCAUAAGUAGCUUUAACAGCAUGAACAGCGCCAAUGGUAUAGGUGGCGUGAGCGGAAUGAGCGCGGUGAGCGUGAGCGGCAUGAACAUGAACAACGGGAACAGCGGGGGCAACAUGAACUGUGUGAGUGGCUUGAACGGCCUGGGUAUGAACAACAUGAGUAACAUGGCCGUGAACAUGAACGGUGUAAGUGGUAUGAGCGGCAUGAACGGGAUGGUUAACCUAAACAACAUGGGCAAUUUGAACAACAUGGGCAAUUUGAACAGCAUGGGCAAUUUGAACAGCAUGGGCAAUUUGAACAGCAUGGGCAGCUUGAACAACAUGAGCAGCUUGAACAACAUGAGCAGCUUGAACAACAUGAGCAACUUGAGCAACAUGAAUGUUAACGGCUUGAACGACCUGCCGCUCAACAUGAACAACCUGAACGACCUGCCCCUCAACAUGAGCAACAUCAGCGACUUGCCUCUCAACAUGGGCAACAUCAACGACAUGAGCUUGAACAUGAACAUGGGCAGCAUGAACAACGCGGGCGAAUUGGGCACUAGUGGCGUGCACAUGAGCAACGGCGGAGAUUGUAAUAGCAGGACGCAACGCAUGCUGUGCAAGUACCUGAUGCUUGACAAAGAACAAAAGAACAACGGAGUCGGAGCGACAAGGCCUGAUUUUUCAGGCAACAACAGGAACAUAAUGAGCGGUAAUAACAUGAUGGACGUUGGAUUAGACUGUGAACAGCAGGCUAACUUGGGCAGCAAAAUGAUGAAGGAAAAGGAAACCCCCGACAAUCUUGUUAGCUGGGAAAACUUCUCUCUAUUCGGAAAGGCCAAAAGUUUGGGUGCAGAGAAGGACUAUUUCAAAAUUUUCAAUUAUGGAAUGUGCAACAAUUAUGACAAGAAGUUGUUUGAGAACUGCGACGUGCACAAGAGCGAAAUGGACAAAGUUGAUAAAUCCUUGUUUAUUCUUUAA